AUGGGGUUGGCAGCUGUCAAAAACAGACAGAAACUUGGAUUCGACCCAAGAAAUACCAACUGGAGUAAUGACACGUCGAGGUUUGGCCACAAGCAUCUAGAGCAGAUGGGAUGGAAGCCUGGUUCUGGGCUUGGUCUCAUGCCCAACUCAACAACCUCCCACGUCAAAGUCUCAAUAAAAGAUGAUAAUCUAGGUCUGGGAGCGAAACUCCGUAACAAGCAAAAAACGGACGAAUUUGAUAGUGGAGAGUGUGCGGGCUUAGAUGCGUUUCAACGCUUGCUGGGACGUCUCAAUGGUAAGGAAGAAAGUGUCUCCAAUGAGCUAGACACUCAGAGAAGAGACAACAUAAUCAAUGGGAAAUGGGGUGUACACUUCAUAAAAGGUGAUGUCUUAGCCAGUACUUGGGAUGCUAAGACUAAGACUCUCAAAUUGUACAGUAACGAAAGCGCCAAGCGGGCUAGAUCAGAUGAGGAUGAUGAACCGACGAAGGUCAAGAAGGUCAAGAAAGACAAGAAAGACAAGAAAGACAAGAAAGACAAGAAAGACAAGAAGAAUAGAAAAUCGGAUAAGAAGGAUAAACAAGUUCAAUCUGGUAGCGACAAUGAGUCAGAGAUGAAGUCUCGGAAGGCCAAGAAAGACAAGAAAGACAAGAAAGACAAGAAAGAUAAAAAGGAUAGAAAAGAGAAGAAGGAAAAGAAGGAAAAGACGGCUGCGAAGAAGGACAAGAAGUCUAGCAAAAGAGAAGGAAAACCACGCGAUGAAAACAGUAACAGUGAAGAAGUCUCUCGUGACGCAAUGUUGAAACCAAAGUCCAAGAGUAGCGAAGAUAUUGCAUCAAGGUUGUCAGUGCGUUCCAAGUGGAUCAAACAGAAAAGAGCUGCGGUAAUGGAUGCCAAGGCACUUAAUGAAAUCUUCAUGAUUGCGAGUUGA